UAAGAUCUCAGCUUCAACUACAAGUCUCAGAUUUUGUGUGUGUCAUAAACAAACACAAGUAAGGAGAAGUGCUUGUAAGAGAAGUGCUUUUUUGGGGCUUAAUUUAGAAGCAAAAUUUUUAUUUUUUUUCCACACAGAGAGAGAGAGAGAGAGAGAGAGAGAGAGAGAUUAAAGAUGGGUAUUGUAGAUGUUGUCUCUGAGUUUUGCUACCUCCCAAGUACUCAACAUAGACACAUCAAGAAGCACAAGCAACUACAGACGGUGGAGAUGAGGGUGCGGAUGGACUGCGAGGGGUGCGUGCGGAAGGUGAAGAAGGCGUUGGAGGGGAUGAAGGGGGUGAGCUCGGUGUCGGUGGAGCCGAAGCAGUUCAAGGUGACGGUGAUCGGGUACGUCGACCCGGCGAAGGUGAUGCGUCGGGUGGCGUACAAGACCGGCAAGAAGGUGGAGCCGUGGCCGUACGUGCCGUACGACCUGGUGGCCCACCCCUACGCCCCGGGCGCCUACGACAAGAAGGCGCCCGCGGGCCACGUCCGCAACGUUGUCGCCGACCCCGCCGCCGCCCCCCUCGCCCGCGCCUCCUCCCUCGAGGAGAAGUAUUCGUCGGCAUUCAGCGACGAAAACCCCAACGCAUGCUCCGUCAUGUAAAACAACUUUCGGGCAUCCGAAACCAGCCAGAACAGAUAAAAAAAGAGAGAGGGGUUCAGUAAAGGACAUAAAUUUUGGUUUUUUUUUUUUUUUUUUUCAACUUUUUUGGUCUUUGUGGUGUGGGUGUGAGUGUUGAUGUGAAAUAUGAAUGAUUAGGAGGAUUGAUAAUGGGUGGUGGGAAUUUUUUGUGUUUGUGUAUAUGUUCUGUUUAUUAAGGUUUUUUUUUUUUUUUUUUUUUUGAGUGUGUGUUUUUUGGUGUUGUUAGGGCUGUUGUUGUGUGAAAAGUUUGUGUAAAAAAGCUUUUGAUGAUAUUUCAAAAUUUUAUUCAAAUGAAUUUUGGUGGCA